AUGGAUCAUAAUCCAUCUGAAUUGAUACAAGCACUAUUAAAUACUGAUCAUUCGUUGGAUAAAAUGAUUUAUACUUACUUACCUGAUAUUGCUAAUACUCAGUUGUCUUCUCCGCCAGUCCCGAAUUUCAACAAUAACAACAAUUAUAAUGACAUUGAAGAUACCAACGAUCCAAUUAUGUCUAAUUAUCAACAAUCAACAACAUUAGGUCCGAUUCGUUCUAUUUCAGCUUUCAAUGGCAUUCAAGUACCAAACAGAGAACAAGUGACAUAUCAGCAAAUUAAUCAAGUCGAUGGUACAAAACCUGUAAAGUUUCAAUUAAUUUGUCAACAAACUGCUAGUUUUCGACCUCGAACUGAAAAAGAAAGAGUAACGGCACAUUACCUACGCUGUCCAAAAGGAGCCAAACAUGAAUAUUUAACUACAACUAUACUGCAAACAUGGCGUGGUCAAAAUAGCUAUAUUGAAGUAUCUCUUCUUGACAUUUAUAAUAACCCGCAUUUAUAUAGAAUCGAGAAUAGAGAAUGUAAUAAAUCAUCAGCAGUUUUUAAACCAAAGGAAUCGAAUAAAUUAUGUUUCCAUGUAACUGAUGAUGAUGUUGCAAAAGGUUUCAAAAGUUAUUUAAUUGAAUUUGUCAAAUGUAAGCAAGAUGAACAAAUAACAAAAGAAGUCAUUAAAGAUCGACAACUUAAUAAAUCCAAGCUUCGUUUUACACGUUAUUAUCAAACUACUGAUGGCUCAUAUGAACGCGAUGAAAGUAGUGUCAUAGAUACUAUCGUAAUGACAGAAGAGUAUGGCAAAUUUCGUGUAGAAGAUAUAUUUCCGCUAGAUGGACCAAUGCAAAGUAAGCGAAAAAUAUGCAUAGAAACAAAAGGUCCUCUUCCAAAUGAUUUCAAAACUAACCUUGUUGUCAAUAUAAUUGGCAAUGAUAUCAAUUGGUCUCGUAAAGGAGAAGAAAUCAAGAAGAAUGGAAAUAAUUUUUCCUUUGAUAUGCCUGUACUUCCAAAUGUUCAUAUGAAUCGUCUUGACGCGAAAAUUAAUAUAGAAUAUAAACAAAAUCUAAUUUAUCAAGCUAAUUAUCUCUAUAUCAGUAGUUUGGAUAGAGAAUUAAGUGUAAAAACUUCCAGUGGACUCGAUGAAUGUGUAGCUUUAAAUAUUUUAUCAUCAGACGCAUCACCUACUUCGUCUAUUAUGGUAUCGAAUUUGGAUAAUCGAGGCCAAAAACGUAAAAGAAGAUAA